CCCCCUCGCGCUGACCCUGGCGGGCGGGGAAGCCGGGCAGGGCUGGGCGGCGAGGAAGCCCUAGGGCAGCAACAUGCCGGAGUCUUUGCAGAAGAAAUGGUCAAUGCAUGGUUUGCUGAGAGAGUUCACUCCAUCCCUGUGUGCAAGGAAGGCGUUCAAAGCCACACCAAGUCUUGUCCUUGCCCUUUGCCACAGAGUCCUCAUGCAGAGAGCAGUGCCCCUGGUACACCAACCAGGAAAAUUUCUGCCUCAGAGUUUGACUGGCCCCUUAGACCCAUUGUGGUCAAGGAUUCUGAGGGAACUGUGAGCUUCCUUUUGGACUCAGAAAAGAAGGAGCAGAUGCCUCUAACCCCCACAAGGUUUGAUAGUAAUGAAGGGGACCAGUGCUCAAGACUCUUGGAAUUAGUGAAAGACAUUUCUAGUCAUUUGGAUGUCACAGCCUUGUGUCACAAAAUUUUCUUGCAUAUCCACGGACUUAUCUCUGCUGACCACUAUUCCCUGUUCCUUGUCUGUGAGGACAGCUCUAAUGACAAGUUUCUGAUCAGCCGCCUCUUUGAUGUUGCUGAAGGUUCAACACUAGAAGAAGCUUCCAACAAUUGUAUAUGCCUAGAGUGGAACAAAGGCAUUGUGGGGCAUGUGGCAGCACUGGGUGAGCCCCUGAACAUCAAAGAUGCGUAUGAGUUGACAAUGGUUUCAUUCUUGUACUGCUGUCUAGAGCAGUUAGUGUCCUUUAUUUUCACUGCUCCCAGGGUGAAGCCUCUUUGCCUGUCGAUUCUGCUUUAUGGCUGCUUCACCCUUGCACUCUUGCUCUGUGUUUCUAGUGGCCACACAGAAGUUAUUCACAUCCAAGAAUUUCAUCCUGAAUUGUGGGGCUGA